AACACCUGGACAUAGGCUAGGUGGAUAGGGAAAGGAAAAGGUUAAGAAUUUAUAGCUUAAAAGGCUCAAAUUCGUAAAUUAAUAAAUAUGAUGACACAUGUUAUAAUAAUGGAGCUAAAGAUUGAUCAUAUAUAUUUAUUUUUAAAAAAAGUAUAUGAUUUUAAUAAUAAUAAUAAUAUAUAUGACUUUUGUAAUUUGUAAUCAACCAUUAUGAUUUACAAUUAAGAUGUGUUAUAUGUAUUAUUAAUUAGUCUUCCCUGUCUGGGGAUAAAAAAAAAUAAUAAUAAUAAAAAUUAAAAUAAAAUAAACUUUUGGAGAACCCCUGAUUUUGGAUGCAGUGUGACUUACAACUUGGGGUUGGUGUGUAGUGCGUUAAGGGGCGUGGUUUUAAACACCAUUGGUUUGCGGUCACUUCAGUCUGGAGACCUGUGUGGAUGUCUGUCAUUUCGGUGCAGUGAGUGACCGGAGACGCGCCGCGCGCUUUAAGAGCCGGAGCACGAGCCUGCACACACCGGCACAGUCGCGGCACUAUGAGCGCGUGCCGCCAGCACAGUUAACUAACAAACACCCAAUAACACGGAGACACAAACACGCCCUAGCGCAUACGAUGGAACCGCACCGCUGUCUACAGAUGUGUUCUUCUGAUUUCGGCUCAGGAUUCGGAUUUAUUGAUUCGGGUUUCCUCUCUUAAUUUCCGAGGACACUGUAUUGAUUAUUUAUUAUUAGCUGAUGGAUUUGAAUCUGAUCAUUUAAAGCACGAGACGCUGGAAUACUACUGAUUUUUUGGGGUUGUUUUUUUUUUUUUUUAAUAUUCUUUUUUUGGUCGGGGGGUAAAUAUUCUCAAGAAGAACAUGUAUGGGAUUAACCAGCGUUGUUUUUACUUGUAAGUACAAAAAAAAAAAAAAAAAAAACUGAAAACAAAACGCAUCUCAUGUCUGAGCAGAUUGUACAUGUUUGGUUUAAAGUUGCUGCUAAGUUUUAAAGUUUUUACCUUUUUACAUUUUUGCAGAUCUUUUCACUUCUUCGUCGUCUGGUGCCAUGCACAGGGGGAGAAUGAGCCUUCUCCUGAUUUUAAGCAGCACGUGAGGGAGCAGGGCGCGCAGACGGACGAGCUCAGCCGGCGGCAGGUGCGCGUGUACCAGCUCUACAGCCGCACCAGCGGGCGCCACGUGCAGAUCCAGGGCAAGCGCGUGAGCGCCACCGCGGAGGACGGCAACACUUUCGCCAGGCUGUAUGUGGAGACGGACACGUUUGGCAGUCGGGUUCGAAUCAAAGGAGCAGAGAGCGGCCGAUAUCUCUGUAUGAACUGGCGAGGAAAGCUGGUGGGCAAGGCCAACGGCAGAGGCAGGGACUGCAUCUUCACCGAGAUCGUCCUGGAGAAUAACUACACCGCCUUCCAGAAUGCCAAGUAUGACGGCUGGUAUGUUGCCUUCACUAGGAAAGGAAGACCCAUCAAAGCCUCCAAAACCAGGGAGAACCAAAGGGAAGUCCACUUCAUCAAGCGGCUCCACAAAGGCCCCCAUCCCUUCCCCAACUCGGACCGGCCUAAACACUUCGAGUUCAUUAGCUUCCCUCCAAUACGGCGAGCCAAGCGCAACAGGAAAUCACACACGGCUUCCUAACGCUGGGCGCCA